CCAACUAGGCCUGGAGUGCCACCUGAGCAGAGCUCAGAGUACAGCUGCUCCUUCAAUUCCACUAGAGCCCUGUUAUUGCUGUAAAUAUUCUGAAGACCAGCUGAUUCCUGCAAACAUGAAUAUCAUCCUCUCUCGAGACACCCAAGUGAAGAAAAUGGAGAAUAUAGUCACCAAUGCAGAGAAAUAUUUUGGGAAAUUCUGCAUUCUGAUGGCUGCUUACACACGCAAGACUGCAAAGCUUCGAGACAAGUCAGACUUGCUGGUCAAGCAGCUCAUUGACUAUGGAAACACAGAGAAUCCUGAGCUGCGGACCACUGUGAAAAACUUUGCUGAGGAACUGGCAAAGGUGCAGGAUUACAGACAGGCAGAGGUGGAGAGACUGGAGGUGAAGGUUAUUGCACCUCUGAAGAUGUAUGGGAUGCUCAUCAAGCAAACUAGGGCCGAGAUUAAGAAAUUCAACAAUGCCCGAAACAAUGAAAUAAAGCAGCUAGAGAAGUUGGAGAAGAUCCGACAGAAGUCACCAUCCGACCGACAGAUGAUUUCACAGGCAGAGUCUCAAGUACAUAAAGCCUCUGUCGAUGCGAACCGAACUACACAACAGCUUGAAGAGACCAUGGAUGAGUUUCAGAAGCAAAAGCUAAAAGAUAUUCAGAAGAUCUUCUUGGACUUUGUCACCAUUGAGAUGACCUUCCAUGCAAAAGCCCUAGAGGUCUAUUCCAAUGCCUUCCAAACCCUUGAAAGCUAUGAUGCAGAGAAAGAUCUGGAGGAUUUCAGAACAAAAAUACACAUCGCUUCUGGAACCUUCCAUGAGGCAAGACCAGACACUACGACAACAAGUCAAUCUGCUGCGCUCCCAUGGUCCACACAGAGCAUCCAAAGCACUCUUCAGAAGCUGGAGCUAGUGGAGAGUGAUAAGGAAUCUGAAGGGGACCAGCUGCAAGAUUUAAGGGAUGCUGAAUACACCCAGAUUCGGUGGGUAACCAGCAGAACCCCAUGAGACCAACUAUCUUGAUUAAUGAAGCUGUGCUGGAUUUAUUUCUCUACUCCCUGGUUAUGCUUUACAUUUUCAUGCAGGUUUCCUCUAGAUCAGAAGUGGACACUGAGUCCAACAGCAUCUGGCAGGUCCUACAAGCUCCCAUCAGCCCCAACCAUCACAGCCAAUGAUCAGGGAUGAUGGGAGCUGCAGUUCAGCAAUAUGCUUAAGUCACCAUGCUGAUUACCCAGAUCAACACCUACCACCCCUUCAAACCUGAGAUUUAAAAUACUGUACAGUCAUACCUCGGGUUAAGUACGCUUCAGGUUGAGUACUUUCAAGUUAAGUACUCCGCAGAGCCGUCUGGAACGGAUUAAUUCACUUUCCAUUACUUUCAAUGGGAAAGUUCGCUUCAGGUUAAGUACACUUCAGGUUAAGUAUGGACUUCUGGAACCAAUUAAGUACUUAACCUGAGGUACCACUGUACAAUAGAACAUUAACUUUCAAUAUCUCAUUCAAUUGUUAAAUGGCUUAGGCAGAAGAAGAUGGAAGCAUAGUACAAUCCCACUUGCAGUUUCCUGUUCAUUCAGGAGGACUAGAAACUUACGAUUAUCACAAACCCACAAAUCAUUUGUACAUCAGAUGUACAUAGACUGCUCAGCAGACAAGUACAUUUGCAGUUCAGGUGUCAUUAUUAGGAGUGGCCACCCCAUACUGCAUUGCCCCUGCUUGAAGAUGGACAGCCCAUUUCGUCUUUGAAUUUUUGCCACCUCAAAUCACUGGGCUAUUUCAAAGCAAAUAAUUUAGCAGUUAAGAGUUAAUCAAAUGUACAAAUAUAGAACAAGUCAGUUAAUCUGUGACUAUCUGUAGUGUAUCAUCUGUAGAAAUAGAAAAGAGGUUUAAACUCUCUCCUCCACAAGUUUAUCUUCCAUAUCAUAGUGACCAUCACAACAUCCUGCAACAGUGAAUUCCAUAGUUUAAUUGGUAGCUGUGCACUUUCCAUUUCCAAUCAGUUUCCCUGACCUUGCCUUCCACAAUUUUUAGUGUUUUGGAGAAAAAUGAUAAUUUAUUCUUAUUCACUCUCCCCAUGGUCUGUCAUUCAUACUUGAUGCCAUACUUUCUCUGAGCAAAAUAAAAUGUGCCACAUUGAAUUGUGAUUUAGUGAUUUGUCAGAAUAAAGAGAGCCCAGUGUCUCAGAUGAGCCAUUAAGUGUCAUUGAGUGGGUAGAGGAUGCUGAUGAUUGCCUGUUAUUGGGCACAUUGUUAAGAUGUUUUAGUAGAAGAGCUACGGUAUAUAUUUUCAGUGCAAGUAAGAGAGAGCUCAGAUAGAACAAAGAGUACUGCUGUUUUCUUUCUUUUUGUGGUAACUUGUUUUUCUUCUGAACUUUCUUUUUGAACAAAGAAAAAGUUAAAAAGGACCAAAGUAGAUAUGGUAAGUCGUAAGUGCAUUAUCAUAGAACACACCAGAGUUUGUUUGUUGUUUCAAUAAAAGGGGGAAUUUCUAUCAGGACCGCAAUACAGCAUUCAAAAAGAGGAGGUUUCCACAUCUAGAGAUGCUGGUGAGAUAUGACCCCUCCAAUCCUACCGGUAUUUGCUUAUACAAAGCUUAAGCAAAGAUUAGACCAUAUCCAAUCUUCAUUGAGCAUUCAUUCUGAUUUGUUUGUGGGGCUGAAAUGACCAU